UGGUGUGCGUACUUCCCGUCGUCGGGGUCGGUUGCACUGUCUUUUUCCUGAGCGCGGUGAGUGUUGAUGUCAGACACUUUCAGUCGAUGUGAGGGGAGUCAGAGUGAACGGCGACAGGGAGGUGGAAGAGGCGGCGGUGUCGGGGAAAAAAAACGCGAAGGACGCAGAGAGAAAAGGAACGGUGAUGGAAGUGAAGUAUCUUGACGGAAAUGAAUGGAAGUACCACGGAGAAGGCAACCGGAGUCUGGUGGUUUCUCACGUCCAGCAUUGUCAAGUACUGCGUUUCCUGAAAUUUCCCAAGGAACUUUCACAGCCAAAUCAGGCAUUGGAAGAAGCUCCCCGUCGACUAAAGAACAUUGUUGACUUCAGUAAACAUGUGAUGAAGCUUUUACUGGGUGAUAAUUUUGUCCAACCAGGGGAGGUUAUACAGCUACCAAUUGACUUUGUAAGACAAUUGGCAAUGAAGAUCCAACCAGAACGACCAGGAUCACGUUGCAAUAAAGUGAUGGAUGCCUUCAGUGGGUAUGCUUUAUGCCUCCCAGAUCUCACCAAAUUCCAAACCUGUCGUCGAAUUGAAAAACGACCACCCCUCUGUAUAGAAAUCAAGCCUAAAUGUGGAUUUAUUCCUUUCUCCACCCACAUUACCAAGGACAUCAAGCGUCGUGUGUGUCGCUAUUGCAUGCACCAACAUCUGAAGGUGGCUAAUGGAAAAUGGAAGAGGAUAAGCAAAUACUGUCCCCUUGAUCUUUUCUCAGGGAAUAAACAACGUAUGUACAUUGCCUUGAAAAGUUUGUUACAGGAGCCUCAAAACAAUCUAAAAAUUUUUAAGAAUGGAGAGUUAAUAUUUGGCUGUAAGGAUGACCAGGACUGCUUAAUGGAUCUGAAUGAACUAGCUAAUCAUUUGAAAGCUUACUUUUUUCCUGCUAAUGGCGUGGUUAGUGGACCACAAUGCACAAGAACUGUUAUCAGUGAACUGAUUCAUGUGAUAACAAUGGCUUUGGUGAGCAAUGUAAACAAUUGCAAGACGGGUGAUGUGAAGAGAACAGUCCUCUCGGGGGAAAGAAGCCACUGUGAAGCAAGUCACUUUUGCAAGGAAGUUUUAAGAAAUGGUAUUCAUGUUGUGGAAAAUUCUGGCUUGCCUAGAGGUUGUGUUCUUUCUCGGAUCCUUCAAGUACAGAUGCUUGAUAUGAUGGACAUUGAUGGAAUCUAUCCUUUGUACCUGAGAGUUCAACAGCAUAUAGAAGAAUUUCCAAAAGACAGGACGAGGUUGCAUUUAGAUGGCCCUUAUAACGAAAAUUUUUAUGGAAGUCUAUCAGAUUCUCAUUCUCAAGAUGAUGAAACAGUGGACUAUGCAGCCCAAAAGAUUCAUCAGUACAGGGUUGCUACAACAGCCAAGGAUUGCUCCAUCAUGAUUGCGCUUUCGCCUUGUCCUCUGGAAGAAUGGCCUGAACCAGGUACCAUAAUUCAGACAUCACGGGCUUGCUUUGUAUAUUCUGUCUCUAUUCUAGAUUUGGAUCCCAAACCAUAUGAAAACAUUGCACACCAGUACAAACUUGAUGGGAAGAUAAUAAACUUUUACUUGCAGAGCACGAGAGCCAAAAAGGAUCUUAAUACUCCAAACUUCUACAAGGAAAAUGAAGAAUGCACACUGUUUUUUCAUUCAGUGUGAGUUGUUGUGGGGCCUUGCUAUUCUCAUCACAAAGAACUGCACUGACUGAGAGGCCACAAGUAUAAAGGAGAAGUUUCAAAAAUGUUUGUCGAGUAAAUUUGAACAUUGACAUUGGCAAAAUAUUUUAAAUUCUGAACCUCGCUCACUAAACUUGCUCAAGUGGAUGACUUUAUUUUAAAAGUAUGUCAUUCACCAGUUUGAAAAUAGCACUAAACAUUUUUUACUGAAAUCCGUUAACCUUUGUCUUGAAACUCCAGAUUGUAAAUAUUAAAGCACAGUAAUUUUAAAGAUACCUGUAGAGUCAGUUGAUUGGUGUUUCAAAAUACCUGUCUUGGAGAGUAGAAGUUCUUUAAAAGCAGCUAAGUAAAAAAUACUUUUAUUUACGCAGCACUGAAAACUGCAAGAGAAACGUGAUGUUCUUUAACAAGAUUUUAGCAUUUUUAUUGCAAUUUUGAGUUUAAAUGAGUGGGUUAAAGCCAUGGUCAUGCACUUGAUUAAAAAUUGCCUACUUUCUGGAUAUUAGUUCAUCACAGGAAUUGCUGCUGGGAGCGAUAUUUGUUUUUCCACUGCUUUAGUUUGUGCCACUUGGUGAAUAUGCCACAGUUAGUGCACAUAACAGUUAUAAUUUCUUGUUGUAUGUUUGAUCUAACCACUUGAAUGGUGCCAUUGAAAUUUGGUUUUGUGACCCUCCACUUCGCACAAUAGCUUUUCAUAAAUUGGGUGAAGGAUGACAAAUGGAAGCAAUGUUUCUUUUGGGAGGCAUAAAUAUGAAGCAUUAUUACCCCAAAGUUGUCAUGAUGUCUUGACACUAAACUAAUUUUCAGAAUUAUAAAUUUCAAUAAAAACAACUCCAUUGUUUAACUGACUUCUGAACAUCAGGAUUAAAACUAAAUUGGGAGGAGUUGCUGUGGGAUAUUGUUUUUAAAAGUACUUUGUGCAGGGAUAUUAUUUACCUUCAGCAAAGAAUGUCAGUGCAUAACGUACCCUGGAGUAAUUCAGUUUAGGGCAGUAAAUGUUCUGACAGUAACUUUAAGGACCACCUAAGGGACAGAUGAGUUCUGUAAUUCCAGCACUCCUGUAGAUGCAUUUUUUGAUAAACUAAACCACCAGCGAUAUAAUCUCUUGUUUAUAUUCAGUGGAUUGAAAAUCUGACUGUCUUGGCCAUUUUACAAGUUGCAUUUUCAGUGAGAACUGGAUUGUGAAAUCCCCUCCAGUUAACAUUUUCUGAAAUAUCAGAAUUAAAAUUAAUUUUGAGAUUUUUUCAUUCUCAACUGUAGUAAAUAACUGAUUUAGUAGUACAUGCUCAAAAGCAUCACUGUGCACUGAACCAAAACAAAACACCUCGUGAGUGAAUGUUUAUAAAUGUGAUGAAGGUAAGUGAUAGCAGAGUUAAGGUUCUGAACAUGGAGAAAAAUGGUGUGUUUUAAAUUUUAAGUCAGUAUCACUGAUCUUCAUUCAGAACAUGAGAACUGGAGAUUCUCCAAAUAAUGGUGCAGGUAUGCUAAAGGCUUUGGGUGGGGUGGGGAAUCAUUGAGUACAAAAACUUUUUUGUGAUUAGCAUAUUGGGAAAAAUGGAGUAAAGGCUCCUUGUCAACUGAGCAGAGUGGAAGUAGCACAAUGACUUCAGGAGUGUAAUAUUGGGGUUGCUAAUUUGCCACUUAAAUUUACACUUCAUAAAACUAUAGAGUCUAAAUGGAGAGAGAAUGGAAUGAGCAAGUUGCAUGUAAACAAGUUUUUUGUUUUAAAACCUCAGCAAAAAGGUUUGGUAAAACAGUUUAAACAAAUGUGUGCUAUUUAAUUUUCUUUAAAUGUCCUUUUGAUAAUUUUACUUGUCUUAUGCCAUACUGCACUCCUUCUGCAGUUAAACCAAUGCAAGAUCCAAAAUUUCCAAAAAACUAUUUUGAAAAUGAGAUUUUUAAAAAAAAUUUAUCAUACCAUGAAUAGAGGCUAUGAAUUACGUGGUGAAAAACUUGUCCUUUUUAGAUUGUUUUGUUUAGAUCUUGUCAAUUAAGCUGUUGUUAUUGAAUUAAAACAUCCUUAUUUGUUCCCUUACUUUAUCUACAUUUUGUGAACUAGUC